UAACUAACCAAAGUGGCAACCAAAAUUUUUAGUGAUCAUUAACGCUAUAGAUUACACUGCCAUCACAUCUUGUAAUAGUUAUGCUCACAAUAAAAAUAAGGUCACUGAUGUUUUAAGACUUGACCAUCUUAAAUCACAAGUGGUUUCAUGCAGGUUUCUGUGUUCGUGUGAAGCAUGCAUGUUAUCUGUCAGAUGAAGCUGAGUGAAGCACAAAUCCGUUUGGAAACUGUUGCUUCAACUCAUUUAAAUGACAUUAACGAUGCAGGAACAUCAAAGUUUCAUUCGACUAAUAUCUCUCCACGUGUUUUCCUCCUCUUUAGCCAUAUUUCUUCAUCAUUUGACAGCAUUCAGUCGUCUGUCAUCAGCGUACAGGUUUAAGAAAUUGUCUCAUUUGUUUAUUGCUCAUCUAGUUUUUAUAUGUUUGGUUUGUUAAGUCUUUAUUUGCAUGUUCUUUAGGCUGGUCGUCAUGAUAACAGCCGGAGAUGUCUGUUCAGGCUGGUAUCAAAACAGGAAACACUUGGAACCUGCAGCUUUUUCUGAAAGUGAAACGUGAGCAGACGUUCAAAAGAACAUCAAAAGAACUAACAGGAUCUUCAAAACCGCCGUCCUACUCCAGAUCGGUCCAGUAAAUCCAGAUUUACUCACUUUUAACUGAAAAGUCACCAGUAGAUUUCAAGAAACGUUUUUAGGGGUCAGUGCUUCAUGCCUAUCAUCAGUGCCAAUUCAACGACGAGACCUGGCAAGGCCAGGAAUCAAACCCACAACCUGAAAUGUUUGUUCCCCCAGAAGCAGCGAGAACAUCGUGUUCAAAAACAGGACCACAGACACGUGGCUCGCCACCUGCUGCUGCGAGGAGGUGGGGCCUCACCAUCUUCGAAUGAUGUAAAAGCCACAAAGGAAGAUGCCAUCGUGUGAGUGUGUGUGUGUGUGUGUGUGUGUGUGAGGCUCCACCUCCCCGCUUUGCGUAAUCUAUGCACGCUUCUUCCUCUGACUUGUUAGUCUGCGGUUUAACGGACAGAAAGUAAGAGGCUGCAGACACAGACGCACAAAGACUCACAACAGAGACACUGACCCACAAAGACGUGAUGAUGAUGGAUGACAUGCAGCUCAUCAACUCCACUUCCUCUCAUGACAUCCUGACCGCCAUGACCUCCCAGGGUCCGCUGAGUUCUGAUCCGAACUCCACCACUGAAGACUACGAUGAUUAUUCGGUGGAGAACAUCCCCGACCUGAUGUGUGACCGGUCCUCAGUGCGUGCCUUCAGAUCGCAGUAUGAGCCGCCCCUCUUCUUGAUCAUUGCUGUUGUCGGGGGCAUCGGGAACCUGAUCGUGGUGUGGAUCUACCUGAACGUCCGUCGGCGGCUGAAGACCAUGACAGACAUGUACCUGCUGAACCUGGCGGUGGCAGACGUCCUGUUCUUGGUCACGCUGCCGCUCUGGGCGGCUGAGGCAACGUCCAGCUGGACAUUUGGCUCCGCCUUCUGUAAGAUAAACUCCGCCCUCUACAAGGUGAACCUGUUCAGUAGCAUGCUGCUACUCACGUGCAUCAGCGUUGACCGCUACAUCGUCAUCGUGCAGUCAACCAAAGCCCAGAACUCACAGAUGGAGCGGCGCCGCCUGAGCCAGCUGAUCUGCGCUGGAGUGUGGCUGGUGGCCCUGUUGCUCGCCAUACCUGAGCUGGUGUUUGCCACGCCCGCUAAAGUGGAGAACCAAUACUUCUGCAGGAUGGUUUUCCCCUCCGACCUGGGAAACCGCACCAAGAUCCUGGUGUUGUCGCUGCAGGUGAGCAUGGGCUUCUGCCUGCCCUUCAUCGUCAUGGUCUUCUGCUACAGCGUCAUCGUCGCCAAGCUGGUCAAGACCCGCAACUUCCAGAAGCACAAGGCCAUGCGCGUCAUCCUGAGCGUGGUGGUGGUGUUUGUGGUGUCACAGCUCCCCUACAACACCACGCUGGUGAUGGAGGCCAUGCAAGCCACCAACAUGACUGUGACGGACUGUAAUAGGGUGAAGGCCCUGGACAUGGCGGGCCAGGUCCUCAAGAGUCUGGCCUACAUGCACGCCUGCCUCAACCCUUUCCUCUAUGUGUUUGUUGGAGUGCGCUUUCGCCACGACGUGGUGCAGAUGCUGCGCUGCUGCUUCAGUCUGCCACCCACCAAAGUCAGCUCCUUCGGGAAGACCAGGAGUCCUCUUAGCUCCACCAGAGCCUCUGUGAUGUCUGACAGCGAAACCUCACAGGCGCUGUCGUUGUAGACUCUGUCCAACGGCCUUCCUGUUUGUGUCGUAGCUGAGGAGUGUGGCAAACUUGCGGGAAGGGUGGCACCUCACCUCAGUCUUAAGAACUUCCUUGCUGAUGCCUGCUUCAGCUCAGCAUUUACACCAAACUGUCCCUCAAAGCCAUCGUUGGACCUGAAACUGCUGCUUCAUCUGCACCUGUGAGCCACAACUGAAGCCCCCCCAUCCCAGAACUUCUAACUGAACCACAGAGUGAAAGAGCUUAUCAUCCUUUGAUACCAGACUGAACAUUUCUCCAUUUUUAUGGCGCCAAAGACUCCUGCUGAAUGUGAAACUUCUUCCUGAAAACAAGUGGUUGUAUCUGCUGCUGCUGACGGACAGUCAUGAUCUCUGUUUGCGACCCACCGGGUCUUAUCAGAAGCUCAUGGUGCUGAACUGAACCCAAUAUGCCUGAAUGUGAAGUAUUGUACCCCUGCUGGACCUCUCAUCUGUACUAUAAAUGUUUUUUUGGAGCUAGAAUAAAGAGUCUGAAAGUGA